CGCUGCUGAAGCAGAUAAAGAACUCGGCCGAGUCGCACAUUGUACUGGAUUGCUCCACCGAGAGGAUAUACGAGGUGUUGAAGCAGGCGCAGCAAAUAGGAAUGAUGAGCGACUAUCACAGUUACCUCAUCACCUCUCUGGAUCUGCACAGCGUCGAUCUGGAGGAGUUCAAGCACGGUGGGACCAAUAUCACUGCCUUUCGACUAGUGGACCCAGAGAAGCCUGAAAUACAGAAGGUCGUGCAAGAUUGGAUCUACGGCGAGAAGCGCUACAAUCGGGAGCUGGACAUGGGACAAAACUCCAAUAAGAAUAAUCUCACCUGUAUAAAGACUGAAACAUCAUUGAUGUACGACGCCGUGCAUCUGUUCGCGAAAGCGUUGCACGAUCUGGACACGUCCCAGCAGAUCGACAUCAAGCCAUUAUCCUGCGAAUCCACCGACACCUGGCCGCACGGAUACUCACUGAUAAACUACAUGAAAAUCGUCGAAAUGGCGGGGCUGACCGGCAUCAUUAAAUUCGAUCACCAAGGAUUCCGUUCUGACUUUAUUCUGGAUAUCAUCGAACUGAAUAAUAAGGAGGGACUCAAGAAAAUUGGCACGUGGAACAGCACGAAGGGCAUCAAUUUCACGAGGAGCUACAAGGAAGAAUACACUCAAAUCGUUGAGAAUCUUCAGAACAAAACGUUCAUCGUCACGACCAUAUUGAGCGCGCCAUAUUGCAUGAGGAAGGACUCGAGCGAGAAGCUGACCGGAAACGCACAGUUCGAAGGGUACAGCGUCGAUCUGAUUUACGAGAUAUCAAAGAUCCUCGGGUUCAAUUACACGUUCCGACUGGUGCCGGACGGACGGUACGGAUCCUACAACAAGAAGACGAAAGAGUGGGACGGCAUGAUGAAAGAACUGCUCGAUCAGAAAGCGGAUCUGGCGAUCGCUGAUUUAACCAUCACGUACGAUCGGGAGCAGGCUGUCGACUUCACCAUGCCGUUCAUGAACUUAGGGAUCAGCAUACUGUAUCGCAAGCCUAUAAAGCAGCCACCGAAUCUGUUCUCGUUCCUCAGCCCGCUCAGCCUCGACGUAUGGAUUUACAUGGUGACAGCAUAUCUAGGCGUUUCCGUGCUGCUCUUCAUACUCGCGAGGUUCAGCCCCUACGAGUGGGAGAAUCCCCAUCCGUGCAACGGACAGUCCGAGGUCCUCGAGAACGAGUUCACCCUGAUGAACUCGCUCUGGUUCACCAUAGGCUCACUCAUGCAGCAAGGCUCUGAUAUAGCGCCGAAGGCCGUCUCGACGCGGAUAGUCGCCGGCAUGUGGUGGUUCUUCACUUUGAUCAUGAUUUCUUCGUACACUGCCAACUUGGCCGCGUUCCUCACCGUCGAGAGGAUGGAUUCGCCGAUCGAGAGCGCCGAGGAUCUCGCGAAGCAGACGAAAAUCAAAUACGGAGCUCUCAAAGGAGGGAGCACCGCGGCCUUUUUCAGGGAUUCCAAUUUCUCGACGUACCAGCGCAUGUGGUCCUUCAUGGAGUCGGCAAAGCCGACGGUAUUUACAACGAGCAACGUCGAGGGCGUGGAACGGGUGAUCAAGGGUAAGGGGAGCUACGCGUUCCUAAUGGAAUCCACCUCUAUCGAAUACGUAAUCGAGAGAAACUGCGAUCUGACACAAGUCGGCGGUCUCCUAGACUCCAAGGGAUACGGCAUAGCCAUGCCGCCAAGUAAGUGUGAAGGUCGUGCGCCUGGACGACGAUUAGUCCGCUCGUAAUCGAUACAGACGACCGAGCGUAUAAACUCGUCGAUCGGGCAGACCGUAUUAGCCGAUUACGCGCGGACGUGUAUACGUUCAGACGGGGACCGAGCCGUUCCGGCCGAUCGACGCGUAUAUCCUUGAUUUAUGGCUCUACGGUAAACGGCAUCGAAUCGGAAGGAUAAUUUUUCACCCUAGCCGUCCGGAUUUAUUGGGGAAUUAGAAGAACGUCGAUCCGCGUUUUGUCCUCACCGAAUUUAUGGUAAAUAUUCUGUCGGAUCUGACGCCGCGCGGGAAACGCGCGUUGAUCGAUCGCCGUUUUAAUGAACCCCGGGAAAUUUAGACGCUCGACUCGUUUCAAGGUGCUAGAAAAUUGACGAAAAUUAUCGUUCUAAUUUUGAUACCAACAGUCAUUUCUGUCGCGGUUCAUGUUUUAAGUAUGUAUUGGCUAUACAGUCAAUCCCAAAAGUUUA